GUGGUUGAGAAGAUAACUGUUGGGCCGGCGAAAAAAAUUGAUGCUGUUGAUUUGUAUUCGAAUGGGCUGGCUGAGAUCGUGGCCCACUUGUGUGAGGGAAAUGAUCAUUUGGGCUUGGCAAUAUUCCAUGGGAGUUGGGUCCAUUAGUAAAGUGGGGAGUGUAGGUCCAGACCCAAGUUCCUUGACGAGGACGCUGAUUAUCGAAGGGAAAGGUACUGCCGCCGAGAGCUUGAUUCGCACUAGAGAGAGUGUGAUUCCGGCCACCGCCAUGAGACUGCCCACCGCCAUUGCUUCUCCCGCCGAAGCGUCCUCCACCUCGGCCACCACGGCGGCCAUUGCGACCCCCACGGUAGCCACCCCUGCCACCGGUGUUGUUCUGCUGCCAUGAAGAAGGGUUGUUUGAGGAGGUCUGCACAGUUAGGGCAUGGGGGGAUGACGAAUUGUCGGCAUGAGUGAUUACAGAAUCACGUUUUUCAUCUUGAAUCAUUUGUUGUUCUUCACAUAAUAGGAUGGAUCUAGCAUCCCAGAACGAUGGAGGUGGUUCACGGUGUCGGAGGUUAAUUGCGAUAUACCGGAACUUGGAAGACAUGCCAUUAACCAUGUAUGCGACAAGUAAUCUGUGAUGGAAGAAUUACCAAGAGAGAUGUUUUUGAGUUCUCGAUCUAACUGAAUGAUCUUGGAUGCUUUGUUAUCACGAAAAACCCUUUCAAGAUUUUCCCAAACUUCAUAGGUUGUUGCCUGCUUCUUGAAAAUCAUGUUGAGAAGAGGUACGGAGAGUGUACCAUAUAACCAUGAUCUCACGAUGGAGUCCACACGAAGCCAAGAAGUUUUCGCAGCAGAAGAUGCUUCAGCAGUUUUCUCUUUAUCUUUAUCGCCUGAUGCAGUGACAGGAGGCUGAAGAUGGUCAUCUACACCAUACCCAAUACAGUGAUGUUCAAAUAAUCCUCUCCAAAUGUCAUAGUUCAUCUGAUCCAAGUCCAGAACAAAGGGAACUGCGUGCUUGAUAUUGAUUGUUGAUGAAGGCUUGUCAUUCAUGGGUAGAGACAAGAUGAGGAGAAGAAGAAACGAAGACAGAUAGAGAAAGAAUGAAGAUGAGAGAUCAAACAGUCAACAAGGAAUGAGAUGUCGACUUAGGGUUGAAGGGUAAUAAGGAAAAAUGACGCAAGAUGCUGGAAUGAAAGAGCAACAGGUUCCGGCGUCGCCUUCUAGCUCUCUUUCAUCUAUGUCUCAUGGCAUUUUACAGCAUUUUAAAAAAAGAGUUGUUGAACUGAUUGAGAGCGGAGCUUACACUGGUAAAGUUCGUUGGAUUUUGAGAGCCGUUAGCAUUACAAUCGCGUUAAGAUGGCGGUUAAAAGUUUCUGUGAUCUAUCCGUUCCUUAAUUUUGCCCUUACACCUGGAUCGGAAGCACACUCUCGUUUAAUUUCAUCUCUUCCAAAGGAUGACGCUCAUGAGAUGGAAGUUGAUACUGCAUCAUCUGCAACUCAAGGUACUGUUAAUCACUCCCAUGAGAUGGAGAUCUACUGCUACUUCUUUGUGCUGAUAUUCCUAAUUGAUCAGAAAAAGUACACUGAGGCUAAGGCUUGUUCUUCAGCAGGCAUUGCCAGUUUGAAAAACAUGAACAGAAGAACAGUUGAUGUUCUGGCAUCCAGACUCUACUUCUAUUACUCUCUUUGUCAUGAACUUAGCAACAGUCUCUCUGAAAUUCGUGGUAAUCUCCUUGUUUUGCACCGGGUUGCUAGGUUGCAUCAUGAUGAAUUGGGGCAGGAAAGACUCCUAAACUUGAUACUUCACAAUUACCUUCAUUACAAUUUAACGAUUCAACUAGAAUACACAGAUGCAAAGGAAUCUCUUCUCCAAGCUGCCCGAAAAGCCCCUGUGGAGAGAUCCCUUGGUUUCCGAGUUCAAUGCAACAAGUGGGCCAUCAUUGUUCGUCUACUUCUUGGAGAGAUUCCUGAACGAAAUGUUUUUACGCAAAAAGGCAUGAAGAAUGCAUUGAGGCCUUACUUUGACCUCACAAAUGCGGUUAGAAUUGGAGCUCUGGACCUAUUGAAAACUGUCGCCGAGAAAUUCUCCACCACUUUCACCUCCGACCGAACCAACAACUUAAUCGUAAGACUCCGCCACAACGUCAUAAGAAACAGACUCCGCCACAUCAGCAUCUCUCUUGCUGACGUGGCAACCAAGCUCCGACUGAAUCCAUUAAUUGCUGAUGUGGAGAGCAUCGUGUCAAAAGCCAUCCGUGAUGGUGCCAUCGAUGCCAUGUUGGAUCAUUCAAACGGAUGGAUGGUUUCUAAGGAAACAGGAGACAUCUAUUCAACAAACGAACCACAAAUUGCUUUUAAUUCUAGAAUUGCCUUCUGCUUGAAUAUACAUAAUCAGGCUGUACGUGCCCAAGACUCUUCUUAG